CCUUCAGUUUCGCAUUGACGUCUUUGAAGUGCGCUAUGGUUUCUGUUUGGCUGCUUUUUGCCUUAGAACGGCAUUCGCUUAUUCCUAAUCGGAGCAUUUCAUUUUCUAGCGAUAGCCUUCGAACAGUGGCCGCUGUUAGCUGCUGUGACCCGUGCUGCUCGAGUGACUGACCUUCGCGCGACUCGGUGCAUACCCAAUCGGUCAUUCCCAAUUCAAAGAUAAAGAAGAACGGAAAUAGCAUCAGUAAGGCAACAACGACGAUGCGACAAGGAGACGACAGGCGCCGGCAUGCAUGCCGGGACCUUGACAUUUUCGUCCUAACAAGCUGACAUUUCGAAAAUGACGUUUGGACACAGCGGAAACAGAAUCUGCGCACUCUGCCGUGUUGAGCAACUACGUAAAGAGACGAAUCGACCAUUGCCUCGUGUUCCAUGUACUCUGUACAUAUAUAUGCGGUCUAUAUAAUGCUGUACGGUAUAAUUGUUAAGCAAGUGUCGCAUAUGGGUUGCUUCCUUUUGGUUUGUUUUCUUUCGUUUUGUUCUCACCGUCUUUGUCGAUACCGCGCUCAAUACUCGCAACAGGUGAAUACCCGUCGUACACACGGACGUAAGCGUCCACACGUUCAAUACAAAUGUCGUGUUCUAUCGGCAAACCUCGGGAUUGUUUAACGGCUAGCUGUCGUUUUUCUAAAGACUUGAAACCAAACCAACUGAUUGACAAAACUUCGAUCGCCAGAGAGCUGUGUUACAGCGGCACGUAGUCUACUCGAUCGAGCUGAUGGCUGACGGAUUGCACCUGUAACACAUAGAAAUGUCUGUGAAAUUCGGCCACCUUUCUUGGCCCUUAAGAAGGUUUUUGGAAAAGGAGGAGAAAGAACGCUUUCCUAUUGGGCGGUAUGACGUCGGUUGCUUCGUCCCCUCGUAGCUGCAAGCAAUGUAGCAAAUGAUUCGCCAACCGCAAGAAAUGAAGAACGAGUUGCUGUCGAAGCCAAACGUAUACGUGUGCACGGCGUACACGUGCGUGCAGGGCGUAUACGUGGUGAGUAGGAGGUGCUACGUGCCGCGGCGUUACCCAUGGCUGGCAUGAAACGUCAAGUCAAUUGAAAAUGAAAACGAAAAACGUCUACGCUAGGCUAUAAAUGUAGCUCGUACAGGUUCCUCUGAGACAGACGCCUCGUGAGCUGUAGCACUUGUGAGCUUUUUUUGUCGCCACAUCCGAAAAAAAGAUGCGUCGCGUUUUCAAGUGGGUCAUGACAAGCCGAAACGGCGGCCUGUUCUACUUGGCGGUUGGCAGUUUUGCGACCUGGUUGGUUUUUCUUCUCCCUCCUCGUUGGCCUUCCGGUGAGGGGCAGAAGGAUCACUCGUCGCCGCUCAGCGCGGUCUGCGUCGACGGUCACGACCCUUGGACCAACAGCAAGACAUUAACCGAAUCGAUGUCAGCCCAGGAGAUGUAUCAAUAUUUGCGUUGGACCAACAGCACGGCUUGCCAAAACGCUGUCGAUAUCGGAUUCAACGUCGGAAAUUUCAACGGCGUGAUCGCUCCCGAUGGCCACAAAGCCGUUUGCUUUGAUAGGUCCAUCACACCCGAUGCGGGCAACUGUUUGGUCUACUCUUUUGGCAUCAACAACGAAUGGUCUUUCGAGGACGCUAUGGCCACAUACGGCUGCCAAGUUUACUCUUUCGAUCCAUCGAUGAACGUCAGCGGUCACGACCGGAGUCAGUUCGUCCAUUUCUUCGACAUCGGUCUGGACGGCCAAGAUAGAUUGCAUCCUAGCAAAAAAUGGAAAAUGAGAACUGCCACGUCCAUCUACGACAUACUGAAAAACCGACACGGAGAAUCGGCGCUCAUCGACGUCCUGAAACUCGACGUUGAAACCUCCGAAUGGGACGCCAUACCGCAAAUGAUGAACGCCGGUUUUCUUGCCAACAAAGUCAAACAGCUGGUCGUCGAGCUCCAUUUCGAAGCUGACGAUCCGUUGCAAGUCUUACGCCACCGGGUUCAAAUCAUCAGGAAUCUAGAAGCCAAAGCUCAAGGGCCGGCCGGAGGGUUUGUUCGAUUCAGUUCACGGCCCAAUCCGUACUUCCAAGUCCCUUUGCAGGUGUCGCGAUACAAGAAAGGUGAAAUCGAUAUGGAUCUGGCAUGGUACAACUCCAGGUACUUUUCACCCAUCAUCUAACGGCCGUCUUCCUCUGCAUAUCCGACCUACUAUACUUCCUCUGGAUCUCUUUCAUCUCCUUGCGCUGUUGAAAUGCACACAGUUCUUCAUUCGUGCUCGUCAUGUUCUUACAAAAAUA